CGCGACUGCAGCUGGCGAUCGGUGUCGGAUUGCUUCUGGAGAACGCACUUGUUCGUGUUGAUUAGUAUAGGGCUCUGUAUUGCAUUGAGACUUCCUGUUUGUUUAUGCAGUGGCAUCACAAUUCAGUGCUUAUCAAGCGUACUUCCAGCUGUGGUGUGCUACAGCUACAUUUUUACAUCACUUUUUGACCGCAACGAAUGCCCGAUGACAUGCUAUUUAUGCAUCGAUUUUCCAUCACCCACUCGCUGGCAAAGCGAUACUCACGAAAGAUGACUCCCAUAAUGCGGAUGCUGGCUCUUGGACUCGGCCUGGCCUCCGUGGCUGAGGGCUGGUACGAUGAGACUGUGAAAGACCACACCCACCGCAAGAACUAUGUCGUCUCGGAGCAGAGCAGACUGCAGCUUGUGGAGCAGGACCUCGAGCUGGCGGCGAAUCUCAACGCAUACGCGGAGCAGCUGCAGAAGAAGAUCAGUGUGCUGAGGAGAGUGGCUGAGAAUUGGCGGCGGGCUUUGGACGAGGCAAAGGGCAGGGAGGAGGAGUACCUAUCGAAUCCGCUGCACAGUUUCCCGCUCAUCCGCACGUUGCACGAAGACUGGGGCCCCGUGGAGAGGCUCAUGCAGCAGCUCGUGGGGCAAGAGCAGAUCGCUGCGUUGGAGCUGAUGCGGGAGCAUCUUCCCGGGGCGGAAGAUGUGGCAGAGGCCAUGUGGGGAAUUUUCCGCAUUGUCCACACGCAUAAUCUCGAACCGAAGGAUGUGGCCGAGGGAGUCCUGGAUGGCAUCCAGUACAGGGGUCGGCUCUCUGCUUUGGACUGCCAGGCGCUGGGGAAGUUCUACUUCCACGUAGCCGACUACCAGACAGCCAUCAAGUGGCUGACCCUGUCCCAAGAUCUGAUGGAGGAGCAACCUCUGGAGUACUACGAUGAGCUGGGGGCCACGAGCAGUGGCAUUACCCUUCUGCUGGCCCGCUGCCUGGUGGCCUUAGACAGGUUCCACGAGGCAGAGAUUCUUCUGAGGGGGGACAAAACGUUCGGGGACAAGGCCUACCACAUCGUGUCGCACUUCCAGGAGCAUCCACCCCAGCAAUCCAUCAACAUUGGGAGCAGGGGCUUCACAGAGAAAUUUAACCGCCUCUGCAGAUCGAUGAGCAGACGGAAGACGGACGGAUCCGCAGCCCACUCGCAGCCUGCGCGCCUGCAUUGUCGCUACAAUGCCACAACCACAGCCUUCCUGCGACUGGCCCCCUUACGGAUGGAGGAGCUCUCCUUGGACCCCUACAUCGUGCUGUACCACAAUGUCCUGAGCGACGAAGAGAUGGCCAGGCUGGAAAACAUGAGCACCCCUCUGCUGCACCGCGCGCGCAUCUUCGAUAAGGAGACAAAAAAACCCAAAAUCUCACCCGUCCGCUCCGCCGAUGAAGUCGGGAUCCCGAACCCCAAGUUGGUGACAGAGGAUAUACAGCUGGUGGAGUGCAUUCAGAAACGAAUAACGGAUCUCACGGGCCUCAUGCUAACGAGCAUGAGACGUAUUCAAUUCCUGAAGUACGGCUUUGGCGGGAUCUACGUGCCUCACCACGACUUCUUCAGCGUGCACACACCGACCUCACGUCUCCAUGGUGAUCGCAUUGCCACCGUGAUCUUCUACCUGAACGAUGUGGAGCAUGGGGGGGCCACUGCCUUCCCCAAUUUGGAUCUGGUGGUGCCCACGGAGCGGGGCGCAGUCCUCUUCUGGCACAACAUGGAUGGCGAGACAUACGACCUUGACUAUCGCACCCUCCACGGCGCCUGUCCCGUUAUCGUUGGCACUAAAAUGGUAAUGGCGGGCUGGAUAUACGAGUGGGAUCAGAUGUUUGUCAAGUCCACCUACUAUCCACCUCGGCAGAAGGACUACAGGCAAUUAAAUUAAGACUUCAGCUAUUGAAUAGCUAUUGAAAGCCCUAGUGUAUUAGGGUCACAGGAAUGUCUCAUCUUUAACGAACAUUGCCACAGUGAUUACUAAUAGGUUUUGUCACAUGAAGCGAUCCAAUUGAUACUUGUUUCAAUACUUUCAACAAAGAUGUAUCCGUUGUGGUGGCAAUAGUAUUUUCUUGUGAUCGAUUUGACUUCCGAGACCGGUAAUGCAUCAGUAUCGAGUAUUGUAAGGUCGCGACACGGGUGCAGCGACUCAUAUACUGACUCGCUGAUGAUAUUUUUGGAGAGCGGCGCUCUGAGAAAUCUUCUCUUAGCUGUUAAGAGUUAUAUAUCCUCUAAGUGAGGGUAAUUUGAGUGGGAAUAGAGCAUUAAAACACUUGCUUUGCAGCUAAGAUCCCAACAAGACAAAGAUCCAAUUACGUGCUUGUACAUAGCCCACAAAAAUUUGCUGAAAAUUGGACCACUAUAUCAUAGAGUAUUGAUGGUAGGCACAAAGGUUGCUGAUAAAACCAGAGCUUUCAAAGUUCUUUCAAAUCGCAGCAUCACGGCUUCGCUUUGGGCUACUGUGUGCGCGAGGCCAUAAAAAGAUCACAUUUAUCCGAGAUGAGGUAGAAUUGGAUUAAAAUCAUUGGAAUGUAUUAUAAACAGGAACAGAUUAGAUACAGGCACUAAAGAACAAUGACAUUUGAAAGGGAUAAGUCAUAAAUUCCACAGUUCUGGCAUUGUCCAAAAUUAUUCGGCGGGAGUGUUACUCCUUUCAAGUGAUUUUAAACACACACUUCCUCACAUUUGGUGGCCAUGCGAAUAGGCUAAUCCAUUUUUCACCUUCUUCCCAAAAACACACAAUUUUGUAAUCGGGAUUGUAUGAACAAUAUUCAAAUAUACUGUACAAAAUGUAAACAUAAUCAAGAAUGCUUUGAUCUAUUUGUGUAUAUGUGCUGCGUGUGUCGUGACUGCCAAGUAAAUAAUUAAGAACAGCAAUUUGUUCAACUUUUGCGCAAGGUGGCCUUUUUUGACUGUCGACUGUAGGAACGAACAGGAAGAACAGACGAAAAAUCAAAGAAGAUUACGAAAAUGUGCGUGUGAGCACGUUGGUUGGCCCCACUCCCACUCCCGUACCACGCAUUACUUCUUAUCGAGAUCACAAAGGUGUCCGACACCUGAUAUAUUCCAGAUCCAGAUAGAUUAUAUCUUUUGAAACAAAUCUAAUGACAAAUCUUAUGUCCUCUAGUUCCAUUUAAAUUGAGCAAAAGCCGAUGUAUUUAUCUUAAUCUUCAAUAGUCUGCUAGACAUGAUACACACUUUAAUAGAAUUUGGAAGAAUUUUUUCAUAAAGAAUAUAUUGUUACAGAGAA